AUGAUCCCUAAAAACAUGCUGGAUUUGGGAAAUGACCCGCUGUUGGAAAUUCUGGCUCGAUUUUCACCACUAGAGUUGACGGUCUUCCGACAGACAUGCAGACGGGCUUACCGGCUAACAAAAGAGCGCUGCGUUUGGACUCGAGCUGCACUCACAUACUCUCCAUUCCUCCCUGACGGUCCUCUAGAGUCUCAUGAUGACCGCGACCUCGAACGUUAUCUCCUUCUCGAUGAAAAUUGGAAACGUCCAUCGCCUCUAGUCAGGUCAUCUCGACACAUCACCAAGCUUGCCAGCGAUAUUCAAUUCAUGGAAUUGUUCCAUGGCAGAUAUAUGUUCAUCGCGGGUCGGUCCUCUUUAACUCUGUUCGAUCUCGAAACGUCAGGUAACGACUGGGACCAGCCGAUCUUUCACCAGUCCGAACCUCGUUACAAAUAUUUUUUCGCCAGCCACCGCGGGCCAACUGGUAGAAGCAAGAAAUACGGGGAAAUACACAUUUCCAUGAUCAAACGAAAAUACCCUACCCAUGAUUCUGUGGUUAUCUUGCGACUCCAGCCAACGGAGAAAAUCCCUCUGAUACAGAUAGCCGAGCUUCGAGCGCCCCCAUUAGACGAUAUCCCGAGUGUCUGCAAUUCCAAUGGCUUGGUCUUCUCUGAUCAAGGGAAAAACGCUACCGAUCCCGGGAUCCUACCCACCAUAUACGAUAUCGCCUCUGAAAGGACUUAUCGGUUCCCUGCGUCGGCAGCAGAUACAUGGCAGGCCCACAAUCGCCAAUAUAUUGAGUACAUCCCGUCAGCAAAUCUCAUUCUCGUGAUACAUACCAGCGAAAGAGGAAGCUUCAUACCAGCCAGCAUGCUCCAACAGGACCCGAGUUUUGAAACAUACGCCUUUCCGCCGCCAAAUAACGUCGGGGUGCUAACUCAAACUCAUUUCAAUCAUGGCAUCUUUCCAGGAACGUUUUCAGAACCAGUCGUCAUAUCUGACGAAACGAUCGCCCUGCCUUCUGGUGCGUCCUUGGGCACAAAAUUCACCUUAGUAGCUGCUUUCAACGCCUCUGAUGUUCCACGACCCGUCGAAGUACGAACGUUCACCGUAUUUCUUCCUGUUCAUAGCACCGACAUUUUAUUCGAUACCCCCGACGACCCCCUCUUCCUUGUGGACGUAGACGCGCAAUCCCCGCUAUUUAUGGUGCACAACUUAUUCGUCACUUCAAACAAUUCUGGUCGUGCAAGGAUAACCGCUCGGACUCAUCGUUUAGGGCGUGGCUCCAGUGACAAAAUUGUCCUCUGUGAAGUCAAUGAAGGUAAGAUCAGUAAUCCGACCAGGUUGAGUUACGGUGGUUCAAUGAAUACACCGGGUUACCUCUUCGAUGGAUUUCGCGGUCGGUUGGUUAUACCAUACCCUUCUCUUUUGAGUGUUGUGGACUUUGUUUAA